UCACCGAAGGCAUUGAAAUCAAGCAGCCAAGUUCUGCUGCAUGUUUGUGUAACGUGUGGUUUUAAAGUAACCUGUGCUUAAAAACGGUUAUCCCACACAACUGUACAUUUUUCUGUUCUGUUAACCAAAUAUGAGUUGCGUGGAGGAAGAACCCCGAAGCGUGUCUCCUCAUUGUCCGAAGCCUAACGAAUCUGGGGAACCUCUGGGUACAGCAAUGGAGGAUUCUCUGGCAGGAAAUAUUGCAGCUACAGGUAUGAAAAGUGAAGAUGUAACUUUAGUCUCAGAAGUUGUCAUCACUAAAGAAAUGGAAGAAGAGGAGAAGCAGUUGCUGGAGAAAAGGGUGAAACAGGAGGAGGAGGAGAUGAAAAGGGCUAAAGCAGCUCGGGAGAAGGAGUCUCAUGACAUUCGUUUCAGGAGACUUCAACACUUGUUAGAGAAAAGCAACAUCUAUUCCAAAUUCCUUCUUACAAAGAUGGAGCAGCAGCAGCAGGAGGAAAUGCUGAAGAAAGAGCGACUGGUGAAGAAUGUAGAGAAGGGCAUUGGCAAAAAGAAUGGAAGAGUUGGAAGAAAGAAAAGGGAGAGGGAGGAAGACUACAAAAUUGCUGAUGUCAUGUCUAAAGAGGAAAUUAUGUCCAAGGCCAAGAAACCUAAAAUGGAGGAAGAGGAGAGCCCCAGGAAGAAACUAGAAGCGGAGGACAUUGAAAAGAUAAGCGACUCAAAUGUCGACAUCAAGGGUCGUCUGUCCGAGGCUGUGAGAGACAGCGCCAAGCAGCUGUUGGACCCAGACAGAAAAGUGAACGGCCAGCCCGUCCCUGCCCUACAGCCCCAGCUCUUCACUGGGGGAGUCAUGAGGUGGUACCAGAUUGAGGGUGUGGAGUGGCUCAGGAUGCUGUGGGAGAAUGGUAUAAAUGGGAUCUUAGCAGAUGAGAUGGGUCUGGGGAAGACCAUUCAGUGCAUUGCCCAUGUAGCCAUGAUGCUGGAGAGAAACGUCCUGGGGCCCUUCCUGGUGGUUGCCCCCCUGUCUACUUUGCCCAACUGGAUCAGCGAGUUCAGGCGCUUCACUCCUGAGGUGUCAGUGCAGCUGUACCACGGGCCUGCUACGGAGCGGGCGGCCAUAUUAAAAAAGAUCAGAAAGCCACAGGGGCCCCACAAUGCGUUUCCUGUUGUUAUCACAUCCUUUGAGAUUGCCAUGAUAGACAGGAAGUUUCUGCAGCGCUUCCAGUGGAAGUACUUGAUCUUGGACGAGGGCCACAGGAUCAAGAACCUGAAUUGCCGCCUGGUGAGGGAACUGAAGAUGUUGCCCACGGACAACAAGCUGCUACUGACAGGGACACCGUUGCAGAACAAUUUAGCCGAGCUCUGGUCACUGCUCAACUUCCUGCUGCCGGAGGUGUUUGACGACCUUAAGAGCUUUGAGUCGUGGUUUGACGUUGACACGAUUGGGACAGAUGUGGAGAGUGUCGUGGCUACCGAGCGUGAACAUAACAUCCUGCACAUGCUUCACCAGAUUCUUGCCCCGUUCCUCCUGAGAAGGCUUAAGUCUGAUGUGACUUUGGAGGUGCCGCCCAAGAAGGAGAUUGUGGUGUACGCCCCUCUGACCCCCAAACAGGAGUCUUUCUAUACCGCUGUGGUCAACAAUACCAUCGCUAAAGUUCUGGGGCAGGAGAAGGUGGAGGCCCCCGUGAUGCUCACUUCCAGUGGCAGGCCCAAGCGCAGGACCAGGAGGCCUGUGGACUACGACGAGACUGAUGGGGACACAGCCUGUCACCUGGAGAAGUACCUGGAGAGGGUUCAGAAGGAGGCCGAGCAGAGCCCUACCGCCGUGGUGGACGUGCAAAUGCCCCUGGACUCGCAGAUCCACCUUAAACUGCAGAACGUCUUCAUGCUGCUGAAGAGAUGCUGUAACCACCCCUACCUCAUAGAGUACCCACUGGACCCGGCCACUCAGCAGUUCAAGAUUGAUGAGCAGUUGGUGCAGACAUCUGGGAAGGUUCUCAUUCUGGACAGAAUGCUGCCUGAGCUGAAGAAGCGAGGGCACAAGGUGCUAAUAUUCAGUCAGAUGACGUCCAUCCUGGAUCUCUUGAUGGACUUCUGCUACCUGCGAGGUUACCAGUACAGCCGACUGGACGGGAGCAUGGCCUAUGCUGACCGGGAGGAGAACAUGAAGAAGUUCUCAUCUGACCCAGAUGUGUUCCUGUUCCUCCUGAGCACCAGAGCCGGUGGCCUGGGCAUCAACCUGACAGCCGCAGACACCGUCAUCAUCUUUGACAGUGACUGGAACCCCCAGUCAGAUCUGCAGGCCCAGGACCGGUGCCACCGUAUCGGGCAAACUAAACCUGUGGUGGUUUACCGCCUGGUCACCGCUAACACCAUUGACCAGAAAAUCCUUGACAGAGCUUCAGCCAAGAGGAAACUGGAGAAGAUGGUCAUUCCCAAGAACAAAUUCAAAGGAGGAAAAGCUGGGCUGAAACAGUCCAAAAGCUGUGUUGAUGUCUCAGAGCUGAUGGAUCUUCUCAACGCCAGAGAUUAUGACCGGGAGGUGAAAAGCACUAAGGGGAAGGUCAUCAGUGACAAAGACCUGGAGUUUUUGCUCGACCGCAGUGACCUUCUGGACAAAGCCAAAAGGAGUUCUAAACAGGAGAAGGUUGGUGUUUUCAAGGUGAUUGAAGCCAAAGAAUCAUCUGAGAUCAGCCUGACCUGAGUUUGGAAGGAGCGGACGUGAUACUCGAAGAAGUCCUAACCACAAUAGGCUGUUUCCUGAGGGACCAAGUCACUGCUGUUGGUUAUAGGACAAGGCAAAGACAGACUGAAACCAGAGGACUUCCUGAACCUGUCCUUUUGAAACUACAGUUUAUACUAGAAUGAAAAAGGAUUCUUGUCAAGUUUUGAUGGGUCUAUCUUUACCUGCCCUUAUGGCAAAUGUUUUUUCUAGUGUUGUUAAUCAUAAUGCUGUUAUUGUAGCCAAGCAGCCUGCAACUCAUUUUCCAAAAGGUGCUAAGUAUGUUAGUUAAAGCUUUUACAGGUCUAACUGAUGUUAUUUUUGCUGUGAAUGCUGUUUGGACUUUAAACCACGUUAUGUACAGUGAAUUAUUCACUUUUUUCAUAUUAUUCCCCCUUCAGUGAUGUAAAAAUACAUCCAAAGAAAUCUGCUGUACUCAUGUUGUUCACUUAACAGGUUCAUCAAUAGUUCAAAGCACUUUUAUGUAAGGAAUGGUAUUUCCUUGCGAACUGAGACCAUGCCUGUUCUUUUUUUGUUUUUUUAAUCCAAUCUCUCAAAUAAAAAUAACCUGUAACCCUAGAA